AUGUCGCAAGUGAAGAUCCAACUUCAGCCACCCCCAAAUGUCGAUUUUGUCGUUGGCUAUCCCGGGAUACCACCAGCUGCGAAAGAUCGUCCUCAGGCAGCAGUUAAAGGUGCUGUCGAGGUCCGCGUGGGUCCCCAGGGUGCCAGAGCAAAGUGGGUACGUGUCGAGCUCAAGAAGAUCGAGACGCUCCCUGGCGGUGGUCAGACGAACUCCUACUUUGACUUUGUCGGCUCCAGUCCGAUAAAUCUAUGGCAGUCGAGUGAAGAGUAUGGGUUAUUGCAGUCACAAGACCUCCCGUUUAAUAUCCGUAUACCUGAGUCCAUUCCGCCAAGCAUUGCCCUCGAAAGAGGCGCUGGCAUCCGCUACGAGCUUGUCGCGACUGUUUGUACUCUUGGCAAGAAAGGUUUCUUCCGCCGCCGAAAAACUGUUGUGACAUCCCAAGCCACGACAAUCAUUAUCGAUAAGCAUGAACUCCACUCAACGUGGCCUGUAUAUGCGCAGGCAGAAUCACGUUCCGUUACUCAAGAUGGCGUACAUCUCACAGUGGAGCGCCAACGAACAUGCUUCGGACCAGGCGACCGUGUAUCUGUCAUGGCUAUCCUCAAAUCAGACUCAGUGCAUCCAGUUGUCCUCCGUGGUUUCGAAUUUUCUCUCAAAGAAACAAUGAUAUUCCGCGCUGGAACUCAGGCUGGUGCCACGGGCAAGCGCAGUGGGCCGCAGGUCAAAGUUGGGCUUGUUGGCGAGCAGAAGGUGCCCCUCAGUGUCACGUUGUUUGGCGGUAUGCAGCACAAGGCGGAAGUCGGGUGUUUGAUCCCAAACACACACACUACUACCACGCUCAAUGCUGCGAGGCACAUUGACAUCACAUAUGCGAUCGUAGUUAAAGCGUGGUUCGGCUCGAUGCAGUCGGUUACGAUGGAGCUUCCUGUUAUUGUCUCGAACUGGCCAAGGAGUGUAUCCGAGGAAGCCAUCAGACGUAUCGGUAUUGCCCCCAGCCUUUGUAUGACCACCCCAUCGAGCACUGCACCGACAGUCCCGAUAACCCCUCGCCCUCUCACCAGCCACUCACAGACAUCCGACUACAACUCCUCCGCUCAUGGGCAUGGGCGCACACCCCUGUCGCCUCCAGCCUCAUCCAUCCAGUACAAUACCGCCCCCGGUGCACAGAACGGCGAUGGCCAGCGUGAUGAUCUUGAAGUCGACGAGGUCGGCGCUCUCAAGAGUCGGCAGUCACGUAUGCCAGGCACAGUAGAUCACCCCGGGUACGGCUUGUCAGCACAUAACUCUAUGGGCAGUAUUCAGGAGGACGACGCCGUUAAUGUACGCCCCGUCGCUGGCUCGGGACGUAGACGACGUGGCUCGGCCGUUGCUGCAGGAACACAGAACCGCCUCACGAUUACUAACAUUAGUGAUCGGGAUGCAGAGGUGCGGGAGGCUGUAGAAGAAGCACAGAUGGCUGCAAGACAACCGCAGCCGACGACACCACCGAUGAGGGGUCAACGUUCGUGGAUCUCCGCCGAGGAAGAAAAGAGGAAGUUGUACGAGAGUGCGAAGGCUAAGGUCGAGAAGGUCCAGGGUAGUAGUGCCAUGACCCCAGAACGCAGUGAAUCACCCCCGCAACCGAAAGGCUCUCCUUCGUCCCGUGCUGCCUGGCCAACAGCAGAAGAGGAGAAAGUCCGUCUGUUCGAUAAAGCUCAAGCCACUGCCAAACGCACCCAAGCACUCGGAUCCUACUCAAGCCACAGCCGAGAAAGUUCGGAAGCCAAUGGGUCUCCCGGAUUUUCGAAACCCUCUCGUAGCGUUAAUUCCAUGUCUGCAGGUGCUGCCCUCUACCAGCACGCAAUAUCCUCCAUGAACAAGAACCCCCCGAACAACACGAGCCCCAGUGCCAGCACGAAUGUCAGCCCCCCACGCUCUCCUCACCCACCGUCACCACCUGCUUCGACUUCCUCUAAGGUUGUUCCACACUACCCGUCUGCCGAGGAGGAGAAGGCCGCCCUGAAGCGAUACCAUGAGGCCAAGCUCGCUGUCGAUCGGAGCCAGAACACCCAGUACGCGUCUCGCGAAGGGAUAUCGUCGUCCUCAGCACCUGUUGCCUACGAUACCCUCUACCCCUCUGCCAGUGUCUCUCGUAGUGCAUCCUACGGCGCGCAGCCAGGUGGGUCUGAUAUGCCCCCGCCGUUCGAUGGGCCCAAUGGACAACCACAAUAUUUGAAUGAAAAAGAGAAGCUGAGGAGGCACCACGAGGCACAGGAUGCGGCCGCCAUGGCUGCACAAAGCUCGUCUGCCGCGUUGGACGCAUCGCCCUCAUACACCGCUUCCCCAUCAUACUCUCCACCUGGACAAUCACCUGCAACUAACGGCCUGUCAGAGAAAGAACUCCUCCGGCGGAGGUAUGAAGAGCAAGACGCAGUGGCACUUUCCCAGCAGCAGCAGCCCCAUCCGACUCCUCCACGUGUCGUCAACGGCUCACGACUCCCGGCUCCCCCCGGACCACCUUCUGGGGGUGGCUCCAGACCACUCACAGCAGCCGAGGAGAAGGCACAGCUACGUGCCAAAUACGCUGCCGAGGAUCGGCAGACCAAUGGCAGCGCAUCUCCGUCCGCGUCAGGCUCCAUCUCUCACCACCCGCUGCCUUCGAGUGCCUUAGCCCCGCCCCCGCCUCCGCCGCUCAUGCCACGUCCGCCCGCCGAGUAUAUCCAGGAGACACAAGAGGAGGACGCUCGCGUGCGGCAUUAUGAUAGCAUAAGCAUGGGGAUUCAUAGUUCGCCUAUGCGCGUUGGGUCCCCGUUUGCGGAACCAGGAAUACAGCUUGACAUCCGCCCAUUCACGCCAUUCAGCGUUGGGCUGUACGAUUCUGGCAGUCCUGCAGCGCAGCGGCCCCAUCCGCCGCCUCCCUUGCCGCCGCAAAAAUGAUUUGUAUUCAGUGUUAGUACCAUCUUAACGCCUUAUUUCAUGUUUUACGAGUUAUCAACGGAUCUUGAUUCUUUCCAAUGUUGCCACUGCCAAGUUGGUCAGUGUAUUUCUGUCUAUCGUUACAUUUUUCGACGUAUUACAGCACUACAUAUGACGAUGGGCUAUAUAAUAACACAGUGGUGGCAGUAUCAUUAGUUCUACAGUGUUCGACAUUCCUUAUAC